UCUGGGCUGGAAGGCCCCGCCCCUGGGCGGCUGCCCCCGCGAGAGUGCGGUCGUGAAGAGCGAGGUCUGCUCCCGCGCUCGCGCUCGCCUUGCUCUCGACUUCCCUCCGCCAGCUGUCUCGCGUGGCCCGGGUCUCUGGUCGCGCGCGCGGCCUCAGGGCAAGAUGAGGCAGGCGGCGCUGCGGCUUUGUACCACCUUGGGCAAGGGGCUGCGUGCUCCUGGCAGAGGACUCACUCAAGGAUCCGAGAAUCCCGAGAAACAGAGAGUCCUCCACAUGCGUGAAGCAUGUUCACCUAUACAUGUGAAUCACGUUCGUGAUAAGUUGCGGGAGAUAGUAGGAGUCUCCACAAACUGGAGAGACCAUGUGAAAGCAAUGGAGGAAAGAAAAUUACUUCAGAGUUUUUUGGCUCAGUCACAGAAAGGACUGCCACCCAGGAGAAUGAAAGACAGUUAUAUCGAGGUUCUCUUGCCUUUGGGUAGUCAGCCUGAAUUACGAGAGAAAUACUUGACUGUUCAAAACACCAUCAGAUUUGGCAGGAUUCUUGAGGAUCUUGACAGCCUAGGAGUUCUCAUUUGCUACAUGCACACCAAGAUUCAUUCAGCUAAGGCAUCUCCUCUGUCUAUAGUUACAGCCCUGGUGGACAAGAUUGAUAUGUGUAAGACGAGCUUAAGUCCAGAACAGGACAUCAAGUUCAGUGGCCAUGUCAGCUGGGUUGGGAAGACAUCCAUGGAAGUGAAGAUGCAAAUGUUUCAGUUACACGGCAAUGAAUUUUGUCCUGUUUUGGAUGCAACCUUUGUAAUGGUGGCUCGUGAUUCUGAAAAUCAAGGGCCGGCAUUUGUAAAUCCACUCAUCCUUGAAAGCCCAGAGGAAGAAGAACUCUUUAGACAAGGAGAAUUGAACAAGGGGAGAAGGGUUGCCUUCAGCUCCACGUCAUUACUGAAAAUGGCUCCCAGUGCCGAGGAGAGGACAACCAUACAUGAGAUGUUUCUUAGCACGCUCGAUCCAAAGACUAUAAGUUUUCGAAGUCGAGUUUUACCCCCUCAUGCGGUGUGGAUGGAGGAUUCAAAACUGAAGAGCUUGGAAAUUUGCCACCCUCAGGAGCGGAACAUUUUCAAUCGGAUCUUUGGCGGUUUCCUUAUGAGGAAAGCGUAUGAACUUGGAUGGGCUACUGCUUGUAACUUUGGUGGUUCCCGACCGUUUGUAGUAGCAGUGGAUGAUAUCAUGUUUCAGAAACCCGUUGAGGUUGGAUCACUGCUGUUUCUUUCUUCGCAGGUUUGCUUUACUCGGGACAAUUACAUUCAAGUCAGAGUGCACAGUGAGGUGGCCUCUCUUGCGAAUAAAGAGCAUAUGACCACCAAUGUCUUCCAUUUCACGUUCAUGUCAGAAAAAGAAGUGCCCUUGGUUUUCCCCAGAACCUACGGAGAGUCCAUGUUGUAUUUAGAUGGGCAGCGGCAUUUCAACUCCAUGAGUGUACCGGCGAACUUGAGAAAGGACUACCUUGUGGAGCCCUAGGAAAACCAUGCUUGUUUAAGAGCAGCCCUCCACGGUGGCAUAGUGCCCGGUGAAAGCCCGAUCAAGUGUUUUGGUUUCAGUCUUUAUUCUCAUCCUCUGUUGAGAAGAAGAAUGUAUUCAACCUUUAGGAUGAUCAGCAAAGCAGAACAAGAGAGUGGCUGGGUGGGGCAGAGGAAGAGGGAGUUAUUAAACAAUAAACACUCUGAAGACAAUUUAAAUUAGAAACCUA